GGUCAACCUGACAGCAGUUCAGUUCUACAGGGUUUGACAGUCUUAUCUGUUGCUUCCCUGGAUGUUGGAACUCUCAGCUGCUUGCUGUCAAUAGUGCAUGCCGUCGUUCGAAUGCAAACGGAGUCAUUUUAAGUUAGCUUUGCAACCAAAGCGACAAGUUUAGGAGUCCAAACUACUUUCAGUUGUUGCACAUUUCAGUGAACACUGUUCAGAAGAUGGUGUCUGCAUUUUCUCUGGACCUGGGGCCAUUGAAAGAACCUCUCGGAUUUAUUCGUGUACUGGAAUGGGUCUUCACCAUCUUUGCCUUUGCCACUACAGGAGGUUACUCUGGGACAACACACUUCAAAGUCACCUGUCCAGACACCUCUAAGGAUGUAGUGGCUGUGUUUGGCUAUCCAUUCAGGUUGUCAAAGCACCCCUAUAUGGUACCAGCAUGUAACAGCAGCAGCAGUACAUUCAAUACGACCUACCUGCAGGGCGACUUCUCCUCCUCCGCAGAGUUCUUUGUGUGUGUCGGUGUGUUUGGGUUCCUUUAUUGCACCGCCACACUGAUCCUCUACCUGGGCUACCAGAAUGUCUACCGCCAGACAAGCCGUGGCCCUGUCAUAGACCUGGUCGUGACAGCUGCCUUUGCCUUUUUAUGGCUUGUGUCCUCAUCAGCUUGGGGCAAAGGGCUGACAGAUGUCAAGUGGGCCACUAACCCCAAGCACCUCGUGGCUCAAUGCACGAACAUCUGUAAACCAGGAGAAUUCCCUUCCAUGGGCCGCCUCAAUGCCUCUGUGAUUUUUGGAUUUUUGAACUUGAUCUUGUGGGCUGGUAACUGCUGGUUCAUUUACAAGGAGACUCCUUUCCACAAGGAUGCCAACCCACCCGCUACCGUAGAGGAAGGAGGGGCCCCUGCACCGUAGCCACAUCACUGAGGGUCCUCAAGCAUAGCCCAGUACCCACAACACAAAUGCUUUGUGUCCAAUACUGGUCUCUAAUGUUAACCUCCAGAAAUAGAAACAAAUGAGAGUCAAUUGUCCUAAAUACCCUGAACACUUGUCAGAGCUACUUUGCAUGUUUAGCUCAAGUUAACCUAGUCCCCAAUGACUAAAAACUGUUCCUUAUUUUAAAAUCAGUUCCCAUGUGCCUUAAACUCUAAGUGCAAAUACAAACUUAGAUGCAUACUGUGUACACUAAAAGCUACUGUUAAUGUAGCCUGAGUUGAAAUAUAAAGCUCUCUAUGUGAUGUUCAGUGACGCAGGCCUGCAGUACAUUUGCUUCCACAUUACCACAUUGUUCACCCUUGAUGCCUGCCCUUCAGGGAGCUAUCUAGUGAUAAAACUGUGAUGUAAGGAACAAGAAUCUCUGCUGGUCCUCUUGCCAGGGGAACAAGGCACAGGAUUAAUAGAGGUUAAAAUCACAGCCCAUAAGAAACAACAUCCAGAAGCAGAUAUUUAGGUGGGAGCAAAUGCACACCUGGGGUUCUCUUGAGCCGGAGUAAAGUAGGCCCUGCUUUACUUCUGUUACCUAAUCUGUCAAAGCAAGUGCUACAGUACAGAUUCCAAGUAAUCUAAUUCUAAACACAUCAGUCUCUUCAAUUUCAAUAUAUUAAAGCCAAAGUUUGUUGAAUGCUUUAUUUUUCCAGUUAAACAGCUGAUACCAUAGUCCUGUUGUAUAAUCAGUUUAAGGCAUGUAUUGAUAUAAGGCUCUCUUCUUUAGUUUGUUCCAGGCCAUUAGACCAUCCAACAAUUAAAUUAACAGCCAUGCCAUUCCCCCACUCAUGUCCUAAUUCUCUGAUACACACCACAUUAUGACAUAAUCAAAUGGCUGUUGCAGUUUCAACACAUUUUGAUUUUCUUGUGCUUAACUGUUGAUGGCAAAAGGAAUACACACUAUUUGUAAAAAAAGAAAACUCACACUACAGUCUUCUGCACAUCUCUGUACUUCAGGUGGGAAAGCGGAGACCUUUCAGUGUCUUUUCAGUGAUGUUUCAGAUUGUGACACUUGUUUAUAUUUUCAGCCUGGUGCCAGAACAAGGCAGACAUGUUUAUUACUCCAGUAGCUGUUGUACAUGAUUUCACAGUGGAAAUGGCGCAUGCCAGGACAAACUGUUUAGUUUCUGUUUGAUCAAAAUGUUAUGAUUAGACUACUCAGUAACACUAAGACUCAUCCUUGGUUGAACUAUCUUUUGCAAAAGAUGAUUUGCAGUGACAUUAUUUGUAAACAGUUCAUAUGUAUUUUUUUAUCUACAUUAACUGGUCCAUUGCCUUUUAUUUAGAAUCAGUGUUGGGUUUCUGUUUGUAUUUCAAAUUGAAAAAGUGUCAUUGUACCGCUUCACUUGUUUUAUGGCAAAUUUAUUGUACUUGUUGUACCGUUGUGUAGAUUUAGGCUGAACCUUUUGAAGACAAUUCAGUUAACACAAGUUGCAAAUGUGGUUGCCAGAUUGAAGUAAUCUGGCAGUGUCUAUGGCCCCUGCCCAAAACUCUGCUCUACAUGUAACGUAACAGCUAAUGCCAUACUUCUACAGUUGUUGAGUCACUACUGAUGACUUUGGUCAGGACUUGUCUAGACUGCACUAAGAGAUCUAAUGAUCUCUCUGAAGUAUAUGUACUUUAAUAGGUUGUUUUGACUGGAGCUAUUGGGCAGUCUGUGCAGCUGUUCUGUUUCAUUGCCAUAGUCUCUGAGGGAAAUGAGGUGUUUCAUUCGCAAUAAGCAAAAUAAUAUAGUUCUCUUGACAUAUUAAAAUUAGACAAAACUAUUUAGUGAGUUUAUCAAUUUUAAAUGGUAAAUCUUCAUUUAUUUAGAGCAGUGUCUGUUGGUUUAUUGACAUUGGACUUGAUGCUUUUUGUGCCUUGUUUGUGCAAAAGGAAACUUGAUUUAUCUAUCCUGAUGUGUAAAACAAAGCAACUGCUGGAUUUACUGUAUAUUGCAAAAUUAGUUUAUAUAUUAGUACAUCUAGUUGUUCACAACCUACUCAUGCUUUACAAACAUUUAAAGGCACUAUGCAGGAUUUGAUUACUGCAUCUUUCAUAUUAGUCUAAUAGUAUAUGGUGAUCCAGUUUAUUCCCUGCAUACAGUAUGUUCCUUUCAGACCAUCCAUUCGGCCAGGCCGUACUGUACAAUGUUUUUUUUUUUAUUAUUAUUCAUUCUCCAAUUCUGUAUAUAGUAAUUUUAAUUUCCUGAUAGCAGUUGAAAUGACCUGAUUAGACAAAUUAAGUACUAUUCAACCAGAAGUGUGUCUGUUGGGAUACUGCUUAGUAUAAAAGUGAAUGUCCGUGUCAUUCUUCCAUGACAGUUUUGUCACUCUUCUCUCCUGCCCAAAUGCCACUCCUCUCUUCCACAGUAAGAAACUGAAAGAUGGGCUGCAACCAUAAUUAAUAUGCUACCAAUGCUUAGAGCUGGAAAGUAACCAAAUACAAUUGCUCAAGUACUACCUAGAGGCAAAUAUUUCUUGUAUACCUUUAGUUACUUUUCAGAAUCCGAUGAAUAAAACAAAAUACAGAAUAAUCUUGAGACUUUGGAGAGAAAUUCACAAGCUUUUCAGCAGUCAUUUAAAUUGUAAGCAUGUAAGAUGGUUAAAAUGAGCUCAACUUUUACCAGCUGCAACAUUAAAGUGAUGAAUACAGUAAUGCAUCAGUAAUUGUAAUCCAAUUAUAUACAGUACUGUGAAAUCUGCCAUUCUGCAUUUUGGGUGCUUUUACUUUUGGUACCUUAGAUAACAUUUUGAAUGCAAGACUUUUAUUUGUAACAGAGUACUGUAUUUUUACAUUGUGGUAUUGCUACUUUUACUUAAGUAAACAAUCAUCACUUCAUCCACCACUAAUCACAGUACAAAGCUACACUGGCUACAGGAUUUUCUUAACAAUUAAGAGUUUAUUUUAUAAAGUAAGUGUAGUAAAUUGUCUUUUUAAAAUUUACUGGAUAAGUUAGAAUUAUUUUCAGCAUUCAUUUCAGUGUAGUGUUUGUAUGUUAAUAUAAAGCUAAUGCUAGCAGGCAGUUAGAUUUUUUUUUUUGUAGCAAAAGCAAAUAAGAUAAUAUGUUAAUUAGUGAACUUCAGAGGGCACAUUUUGUUAGUACCGGACAGAGCCAGGCUAACUGUUUUCCCUGUCUUCAGUCUUUAUGCUAAUCUAAACUAAUGGACUGGUAGCAGUAGUGUCAUGUUUACAUGUUUAAAGUACAGCCAUUAUGCGUGACUGUGGUUGUCUACACCAUAUACAUACACUUGGUACCUGUUACAGAGACAAUUUUCUAGUUCUUUUUUUAAUAAUGCUUUGAUACAAUGGAAGGUUAAAAAUGUGUUACUAUACUAACAGUUUGGGUCAGCAUGUGGUAGACUCGUGACCUGUCCAGGGUCGACCUUGCCCCUCACCUGACAGACCUCCGACAGACCCCAACUCUUGGUGGGCUGACUUCUGCUUUGACUGGUUGGGGUGAGUGGAUAGAGGAGAGAGAAAAGAAAAGCAGCAAGACACAAAGACAACAACCA